AUGGCGGCUUCCAGUGCGCAAGCUGGCUUGACCUCAAGCAUCACAACAGUGUCUGGGAUCUUCGAUUCCAUGGAGUAUGGGCCCAACCCUGAAGCAGCUAACUCUGCUCAAGCAUGGCUUGAAAGCCACAAGCGAAGUUUGGGUCAUUUCAUCGACAACCAGUGGGUUAAACCAACUGGCCGUGCCACAUACACCACCAAAUCGCCUGCCAAUGGGGAAGUCCUAGCCACAACAAUUCAAGGGGAAGAUGAAGACGUUGAACUGGCUGUUGGUGCAGCCUCCAAAGCGUAUACGUCAUGGAGUCAAUUGCCUGGCCAUGUUCGAGCAAGACAUCUUUACAGUGUCGCCAGACACGUGCAGAAACAUCAACGCCUUAUUAGCGUCAUGGAAAGCCUUGACAACGGCAAGCCAAUCAGAGAGACGCGAGAUGCUGACAUCCCGCUGGUGGUGCGUCAUUUCUAUCAUCAUGCAGGAUGGGCGGAGCUAAUGGACACAGAGAUGAGUGGCUGGAAAUCCGUUGGUGUGGUGGGCGCCAUUGUCCCCUGGAACUUCCCUCUGAUGCUGUUGACGUGGAAGGUCUGCCCUGCCCUAGCCAUGGGAAACACGGUUGUUCUCAAGCCGGCCACCUUCACCCGUCUGAGUGCGCUCCUGUUUGCGCAGAUCUGUGCCGAGGCUGGUCUCCCCCCAGGCGUCUUUAAUGUGGUGACGGGGAAUGGUGCAUUUGGAAGCAAGCUUGCAGGGCAUCCUGGGAUAGAUAAGGUUGCGUUCACUGGCUCCACGGAGGUUGGGCAGCUCCUACGAAAGGCGACUGCAGGAACUGGCAAGAAGCUUUCCCUUGAGCUCGGGGGCAAGUCGCCUUUCAUCGUCUUUGACUCGGCGGAUCUUGACGCUGCUGUGGAGGGCAUGGUGGAUGCUAUUUGGUUCAAUCAAGGGGAGGUGUGCAGUGCUGGUUCUCGUCUGCUCAUCCAAGAGACGGUGAAAGAUAAGAUGCUGCAGAAACUACGGGAUCGCAUCCUGUCUCUGCGUCUGGGAGACUCUCUGGAUAAGUCCAUCGAUGUCGGAGCAGUGGUCGAUCCAUCGCAACGAGCGACUGUAGAACGAUACGUGGAAGAGGCUAGGGCAGAAGGAGCAGAGAUUAUUCAAAAUGUGGAGUGUGUUCCAGCGAAUGGUUGUUUCUACCCACCAACAAUCAUCAACAAUGUUCAAACCUCUUCAAAAGUCGUCAUGGAAGAGAUCUUUGGUCCUGUAGUCGUCAUUCUCCCUUUCCGGACAGCCAAAGAGGCGGUGGCAUUGGGGAACAAUUCAAACUACGGCCUGGCCGCUAGCGUCUGGACAGAGAAUGUCAGUCUAGGACUGGAGGUUGCCCUUAGCAUGAAGGCAGGGAGUGUGUGGGUCAACGGUCAUAACAUGUUCGACGCUGCCAGUGGAUUCGGUGGUUAUCGCCAGAGUGGGUACGGACGAGAUGGCGGGAAAGAGGGCCUAUAUGAGUAUGUGAUGCCAACGUGGGCUGAAAAGGCACGGCCAACUCCUGCUGAAGUCAACUACAAGACGUUUGGUAGCUACGUUCCGGCUUCAGUUAGCACGGCAAUACCCAGUCGAAAUGAAAUUACUGUUGAUGGCCAGAACAUGCCCAGAGUGGACCGUACAUACAAGGUGUACUACGGCGGCGCGCAGAAACGCCCGGACGGUCAGUAUUCUCGCCAGAUCCUCAGCCCUGCCGGGGAAGUGAUAGCACUGGUAGGAGACGGGAAUCGCAAAGACAUGAGGAAUGCCGUGGAAGCUGCACACAAGGCUGCCCCAGGAUGGGGAAAGCGAGCUGCUCAUAACCGAGCCCAGAUUGUCUACUACAUGGCUGAGAAUCUAGAACUUCGACGCAGCGAGGUUGCGAGUGACCUCUGUCGGAUGACUGGUCAGAGCAUGGAGGACGCUCUGAGAGAAGUUGACUUGUCCGUCCAGAGGCUGUUCUACUGGGGUGCUUAUGCUGAUAAGUAUGGUGGAAGCGUACAGGAAACCCAGCUGUACGGCGCUACAGUCAAGAUCCAUGAGCCGAUCGGAGUGAUCGGGAUCGCCUGUCCGGAUGUUUGCCCUCUGCUGGCGUUCGUUUCCCUCUUUGCUCCCGCUGUUAUCAGAGGUAACGCUGUUGUGGUUGUUCCUAGUGAGAAGUACCCCACCGUUGCCUUAGACUUUUAUCAGGUGUUUGAUACGUCUGACCUGCCUGGCGGUGUGGUGAACAUCAUCACCGGUAACCGCGAUCACCUAACAAAGACUCUAGCAGAACACCAAGACAUACAGUCUAUGUGGUACUUUGGCUCAGCGGAGGGGUCAAAGUUCGUAGAGUGGUCCUCGGCUACCAACCUGAAGCGUACCUGGGUGAGCUACGGGAAGGACCGUGAUUGGACGGACAAGUCGCAGGGACAGGGAGAGGAGUUUCUGUACCACGUGACCCAGGUCAAGAACAUCUGGAUUCCCAUGGGUGACAUUUUUGCCAACUAGUGACGAGGGAAAACCAAGUUAAAGGCACUGGACACCUUUGGUAAUUGUCAAAGACCAGUCUUCUCACUUGGUGUAUCCAAAUCUGUGAA